AUGGAGUCUGAAAUAAACUGCUCUGAAUUUUGCGACAGUUUUCCUGGCCAGGAGCUGCAUUGGAGACCAUUCCAGGAUCUCUGUAGGACAACAGUUACUUCUUCCUACAGCAGUACAUCCACGUCUCCAGUGUCUCCUGUCCUGUUGGGUAUUGUUUGGACAUUUCUGAGCAGUGGACUUCUUCUGAUACUCUUCUUUCUUGCAUUUACAAUUCGCUGCAGAAAAAACAGGAUUGUGAAGAUGUCCAGUCCCAACCUGAACAUUGUGACCUUACUGGGCAGUUGUCUGACCUACAGUAGUGCGUACCUCUUUGGGAUUCAGGAUCAAGAUGUGUUAGUGGGAAGCUCAGUAGAAACUCUCAUUCAGGUAAGACUGUGCAUGCUGUGCAUUGGGACCUCCUUGGUGUUUGGCCCCAUUCUGGGGAAGAGCUGGCGACUUUACAAGGUGUUUACCCAGAGACUCCCGGACAAGAGAGUGAUUAUUAAAGACCUGCAGUUGCUGGGAUUGGUGGCAGCAUUGGUGAUUGCUGAUGUGAUCCUGCUCAUGACAUGGGUGCUGACUGAUCCCAUCCAGUGCCUUCAGAUCCUCGGUGUCAGUAUGAAGGUGACAGGGAGAGACGUGUCCUGCUCUCUGACCAGCACACACUUCUGUGCUUCCCUCUACUCUGAUGUCUGGAUUGCUCUCAUUUUGGGAUGUAAGGGUCUACUCCUGCUAUAUGGCGCCUACCUGGCUGGCCUGACUGACCAUGUCAGCUCUCCUCCUGUGAACCAGUCCUUAACCAUCAUGGUGGGGGUCAACCUCGUGGUGCUGGCUGCUGGGCUUCUUUUUGUUGUCACCAGAUACUUGCACUCCUGGCCCAACCUGGUCUUUGGACUCACGUCGGGAGGCAUCUUUGUUUGCACCACCACAAUCAACUGCUUCAUCUUCAUCCCACAGCUGAAGCAAUGGAAGGCAUUUGAAGAGGAAAACCAAACAAUCAGAUGCAUGGCCAAAUAUUUCAGCACUCCCUGCAAAAGCUUCCAUACCCAGUGUGGUGAGGAACAGAACUGUCACUCGAGAGGAGAAAAAAGCUCCAUGGAAAGGCUCCUUACUGAAAAAAAUGCUGUGAUUGAAAGCCUGCAGGAACAAGUAAACAAUGCCAAAGAGAAGCUAUUGAGACUGAUGUUAGCUGAGUGCCCCUCUGAUUCCCCAGAGUGGACUGAGCCUGCUGCCUCUUUCCAGAGCACAGGCAUCCAGACAGCAGCCUCUGGCCAUGCCAUGACAGCACAGGUGCCUUCAGAAGGCCUCUGUGACUCUCAGAAUAAUACCAGCUGGGCUGCACAGGAGUUUCAGAGUACCUCAGUGCCUUCUUCAAGUAUACAAAGCCUUGGGGGGCCUGUAAAGGAACCCAGCCCCUCCCCAGGGCAGGAGAAGAUGUCUGACUUAAAAAACUUUUCUGAUCAUUUAAACUCGGGCAGUAGCCAGAAGCCAAGGGCUGAUCAGAAUGGGAGUCUUGAAGGAGGAAGCCAGGUACCCAUGGCCCCCAGCCAGAGUCACAUACCAGGUGAAGUCUCUGUUCCCCACAGACAGAGGCAGCUGGAGAACUCGGAGGAGCCACAAGAGUGGCUGCCAAGGGUCAAUUCAGUGAUCAGGGAGAAGCUUCAGGAAGUGUUACAAGAUCUGAGCCUGGGCCCAGAAGCUUCCCUCCCCUCUUCCUCCUCUUGUCCCCAGCAACCCUUGAAGAGCAGUGUUGCCCACAGCCCCCAGAAGAUGCCCUUCUUCAAGGAGCUAGGCUUUAGCCCAUACAUGAUGAAGAGAAGGCAGGCAGCCCAGCGGGCUCCCUCACACUUUCCAGGCUCUGUACCCUCAUAUGUGGGGCGUCGGGCAAACAGGACUGGUUCUGGAGCCCAGACUGGGCUGAAUAUGCAGAAUGUGCACAGCCACAGCUUAGACCACCGUGCAGUUAAUCCCAGGGUACCAACACCAGCUUCCAGGAAGCCUUCACUAUUCCCAGAACCUCAAGGCAGGCCAGCUACCCUGGAGGACAGCAGCCAGUGUCAGACAGAGCCCCAAAGGGUUGGGGGAAGUGGUGCAGCGUUUCCUUACCAGCCUCCCUGUUCUGGCCCAGCAGAAAGCCCCUCUUCCCGAUGCCUGUCCAGAGCCUCCCCAGACCUGCCUGAGCAGCAGCAGCUGCAGCCUCCUGUGUCCCCAGCCUGUCCCUCGAUGUCUUCUCCAUGCAGCUACCUUGACACUGAGUCCAGCAGCUCAGAUGAGUUCUUCUGCCACUGCCACCGGCCCUACUGUGAAAUCUGCUUCCAGACUUCCUCUGAUUCCAGUGACAGUGGCACAUCAGACACUGACCCUGAACCUGCUAGGGGGCUGGCUUCCUGGGAAAAGCUGUGGGCCCACUCAAAGCCCAUAGUGAACUUCAAAGAUGACUUGAAACCCACACUGGUGUGA